CCACGUUAGCAGCUUCCCGGGCGGGUUCGCCACCGCCAAGUUAAGGCAGAAACGAGAGCUCGGUUCGGCUGCGCGGUCCGGUCCACUCGCCCAGGAAAGGAACGCGAAGGGAAUGACUGCUGGUCGCGAAUGAAGGCUCGCAUUGUCACGCGUUCACGAAAAUCGCUCCUCCUGCUGACUUUUUAUUUUUUUUUUUUUUGCGGAUGUUCCGACGUUCGUGGCCGUGGUUCUCACGGUUGAUGUCGUGUCUGCGACCGUGCGCUUCCCUGCCGAGCGGAAGACUUUUGUGCACGGCGGCGACGAAGGAGGGAAGCGCGCCGGACAUGGCGGAAGGAAAUCCUCUGUUGCACGUGUCAAACGUGCGAAACAGGCUGAGAGAAAUCGUGGGAGCUUCCACCAACUGGAGGUACGCAAACAAGCAAAAUCAAUCUUUGAAGGAACUUUGGUGGGUUAGCGCAUUGACGGCUCGCGCUUUGCGUUUGGCGUCCGACGCGCGACCUCGUUCGCCGGUUCCCUGUGGUGGCAGCGACCACCGGCGGGCCAUGUCGGAACGCGCGUCGCUGUCGUCGGAGUUGGCCCGCUCGCAGAGCGACCUCCCGGCCCGGCGCAUGAAGGACAGCCUCCUGGAGGUCCACCUCCCUCUGGGCUCGCAGCCGCAACUGCGGGAGAAGUACCUCACCUUCCACAACAGCGUCAGGUUCGGCCGCAUCCUGGAGGACUUGGACAGUUUGGCGGUGCUCAUCUCGUACUCGCACACUUGCAAUCCCGCCCUGAAGAGGUCGCCGUUGUCGAUCGUCACCGCCCUGGUGGACAAAAUAGGUGAGACGCGCGCACAAUGUCAAAUGAGCCCAGGGGUUGCGCUUCGCGACGGUCCGACGCCGAUGUCCGCAGACAUGAGGCAGCAGGUGAUCUACCCGGACUGCGACAUCAAGUUCACGGGUCACGUGACGUGGGUGGGCAAGACCUCCAUCGAAGCCAAGAUGCACAUGACGCAGUACCGCAACGGAGCUUACAGUCCGGUUCUGGACGCCACCUUCGUCAUGGUGGCCCGCGAUCCGGAGAACAAGAGAGCGGCUUUCGUGAAUCCCUUGAAACCCGACGGUCCCGAGGAGGAGGAACUCUUCAGGCAGGGCGAAGCCAACAAGUCCCGUCGCGUGGAGCUCAGCACCUCGUCCCUCCUGAAGGUGGCGCCCACGGCCGAGGAGAGGAACGUCGUCCACGCCCUCUUCCUCAACACGCUGGACGCCAAGACGGUGAGCUUCCGCGGUCGAGUGUUGCCUCCCGACUCGGUUUGGAUGGAGGACGCCAAAGUGAAGGGUCUGGAGAUCUGCCACCCGCAGGAGAGGAACAUCUUCAACAGGAUCUUCGGAGGCUUCCUGAUGAGGAAAGCGUACGAGCUGGCCUGGGCCAACGCCUCCGCCUUCGGGGGCUGCCGGCCCGCCCUGGUGGCCGUGGACGACAUCCUGUUCCAGAAACCCGUGGAGAUCGGAUCCCUGUUGCUGCUCUCCUCGCAGGUGUGCUACACGCAGGACAAUUACAUCCAGGUCAGAGUUCACAGCGAGGUCUUUGAGCCGCUGAGCCGCCAGCACAACACCACCAACGUCUUCCACUUCACCUUCGUGUCGGACCGCCGCGUCGUCGACGUCGUCCCGCGGACGUACGGAGAGGCCAUGUUGUAUCUGGAUGGGAAACGUCACUUUAACCACACGGUGGCGCUCUGACGGCCUGCAGCGGCACCCGAAGGGCCUUUGUGUGUGCGCCGUCGCCACGGGAACACGUUUGUUGUGACUUCCUGUCUGCCGACGUCACAGACGGCUCAAAGCCGCCAAGCGAGGUUGUCGUACUUCCGUGACGCCGAUCGUCUCGGAGCAUUUUGAAUGCAGCUAAAUAUUUUGAAAAGGUGCUUGAAGACGUUUGGCUUUUUUUUCAAGUUCAUCGCAACCUCGCUGACGUUCCGACCGGGCGCCAUUUUGUGUCCGGUGUCCGUCACGCCGGUCCUCCUGUCAAUUCCGAGUUCUUCUCGUCACAUUCUGAGUGUUUUUAUGUGCUGCUUUCAUGCAUCUUAUACGAUACUAUAUACUAUAUCUGAUAUUUUUUAUUGCUGUCACUUUGCUGGGCGUUUUUUUUUUGUUUUUUUUUCAUUCACAGUUUGAUGCAAUAAAUUUGAUUUGCAUUGA